AUGGGUUCUUGGGCACUACUUUUGUUGUUACUUGCAACUUUGCUGAGCUCAAUAUGUUUGGUUAAUGGGAUUAAUAAUGUGGAUCAUAAGAAAACAAGCGGGAGAGUUAAUGUUACUACUUCCGAUGCAAAGAACACAACUAUUGUGAGUGAUGUUAUGGUGAAUAUUGAAACUGCUGGAAAAAAUAAGGGUCGAGGAGGUGGAGGUGGAGGUGGAAGUGGAGGUGGAGGUGGAGGUGGAGGUGGAGGAAGUGGUGGGAGAAAAAGAUCUGGUGGUGGAGGAGGAGGAGGUGGAGGAGGAGGUAAAGGUAAAGGUGGUGGAGGAGGAGGCGGAGGUGGAGGUAAAAGUGGUGGAGGAGGCGGAGGUGGAGGUGGAGGAAUUGCCCGUCCAACUGGAUCUGCUCCAUUCCCUGAAGCGAAUGUUGUAGCAGCGCAUAAUCAGUCUGAAUCAAGACAAAAUAAUUAUCGCAGCCACGGCCGUGGCCGUGGUCGUGGACGUGGGAGAGGACGUGGUAGAGGACGAAUCAAUUAUCGUCAUCAUGUUGGAAAUAAACAUGAGAACAAUAAAGGUCCUCAAAAUAAUUCUUCCAGAGAUAAUAAUGUGGAGGCAAACUUGAGUUUUCGAAAUAAUGAUGAUGAAGCAACCCCCUCAAAUAAACAUGAAAAUAUUGAGGCAAAUAUGGCUUAUAAAGAUGAUGAUUUCGCAGAUCUUCCAAAUAUUACUCAUUUGGAUGCUGAAGACUUUAUGAGUAUUGAUUAA